CAACAAGUGUAGCUGUCGGAGAAGUUAAUUUAGGCCGAUCCAAACCCCAAGAAGAUUGUGAGCCUCUCGACAGGGAAAGCCAAAGGUGGAAAAGAAUAAACAAGGAGGCACAAGUCAACAGCAGCGGGGAUAGAAUCCCAUAUAUCUCUCCAAUAACUGCAGCGAGUGCCUGCAUUCCCCGAAUCAUCAUCUUUGUGGCUUAAUCUAUUCUCAAUCCUUUCCAUGUUUCGCAACAAAAACGGCAUCGGAAUCCGCAAUCGAGGCAAGCCAUUGAUUAUAUUAACACAACGGGCGUGCGUGUGUCGUCGCGAACGCAUCGACCGCGAGCGCGUUGCGUCUCGUCGAUCGAGAAGCCCACGGCCCGUUCUUUUGGACUCCUUCCUUCGUCUCCACCGCAUCUCUCUCUCUCUCCGUCGCGCUCUCUUCGCUUCGCUUCUGACGACUACAUCGGACGAGACGAAAGCGUUACAGAACACAAAGCUCCACAUUGAAGUUUCCUUAAUUCUGCUUCUUCUUCUUCUUCUUCUUCUUCUUCUUCUCUCUCUCUCUCUCUCUCUCUCUGUGUGGACUGGUGCAAGUGACAUGGCGAUUCAAGCGCAGUACCCAUCCGAUGUCAUACUUGUCAACGGAGGCGAGGAGACGACGGGCAUCGAUUUGUCCCAGGGCCUGCAGGGAUUCUUAGACUCCUCGACCCUUGUGUUCACCGAGACAGGAGGGGCUGUGAAUCCAAGGAAGCGAGCGAGAGAGGAGACGCGAGUAACAGCGGUUUCCAUGGCCAACGGGCCAACUACAGCGCAGAAAACUGAUAUCAGUAAUCUCUUGUUCUUGCAAUCAAAUAGUCUUUCGCCGACGUAUAUUAGCCUCGCUCAGUUUCCAUCCAAAUCCACUGCUCCUUUCGUCUCCACCGGCCUCCAACUCGCCUUCGGAGCCCAGCAGAAGCAGUGCACCAUGAAUCAUGUUCGUCCCUCUCCCCCCGCCCUCUUCGAGGAACUCGCUCCGCACCUCACCCGGUGCCAGGAUGAAAUCGAUGGUUUCCUCAGCGAGCAGGGAAAACUCCUCCAGAGCACAUUGGCCGGGAAAUGGCGAUCACAUUGUCGGACUCUUGUGAGUGCCGCGGCGGCUGCGGCGCGGCGGAGGAUAAGGGCCAAGGAAGCGGAGGUGGAGCAGGCCUUGCGGCACCGCGCCGAGCUGGAGGAACGACUGGCCCGCCUGAAAGCCGAGUCCCUGGCGUGGCGGGGCAAGGCCGCGGCCGCCCAAUCCCAUGCCGUUGCCCUCCAUGCACAGCUUCAGCAGGCAGCGGAGGCGGCCGCGGUCGCCCGAGAGAGGGAGGGCGAGAGCGGUGGCACUGCGGCGGCUGACGACGCCGGCUCCGCCACGUGCGUCGACAUGGCUCCAGGAUCCUGCCGCGCUUGCCGGCGGCGGAACACGGCCGCGGUGGUGGUGCUCCCAUGCCGCCACCUCUGCCUCUGUGUCGACUGCGCGGCGGCCGGCGCCGCGGCUUCUUGCCCCGCCUGCGGGCGCGUCAGCACCAGAAUCGUCCACGUGGCCUUCUCUUAACGCCAUCGCCUUAUCAUCACCUCUCCACUCCAAAAUCGCGGCACAUCAACUGCCGUCCAAAUUCAAAAAGAAUAAAAAGAAAAUUAUCACAUAUAGAAUAUUACACUUCUCGUCUCUUCUCUGUCCCCUUUUGUAAUUUUUCUAAAUGAAUGGAAAUUUUAGCUAUAA